AUGACAGACGAAUUUCUCUUUUUUUUUAGUGAUUCGACAUGCAGCAUGGAUCUACCAUGUAAACCUUUAGCAUGUAAAAUUCAAAGUUGUUUAAUUAGGAAUGAUUUCGAUGUUACUCGAUGUACAAGAGAAAUAACUUCACUUAUUGAAUGCUGUCAAAAAUUUCGACAUAUUAAACAGCCAUGUUGUGAAGGUUGGGAUAAUUACAAACACGAACUUGAUAACCAAAUGAAAACGAAUUAA